UUUAUCGAAAACAUACACAUGAGAGAACCUGUGAAAAGGAAACAGACAUUGAAAAGUCUUUCUAUUUUUAUUUGUAUUUAUUGAAAUAUAUAUCAUUCAUAGCCUUUAAAUAAUAGAUUUAUAUUACAGCGUGAAACAUGUCUAAUAAAUUUGAGGCUAGUACUUGCAGGUUAAAAGCUAAUGAAGACAAUGGGAAUGAUGAAAUACAAUCAAAAGAUAAUAAAAAAACAGAAAAAGAUUUACUACCUUCUAUAGAAAUUAGUCCAAAUGAGCAUAAAUUACAAUAUGCAUAUGCGUUAUGGUAUAGUCGGCGCAGUCCUGGUAAACAAUCAAGUAUACAAAGUUACGACCAAAAUUUAAAAUUGGUUGGUAGGUUUGCAAGCGUGGAGCAGUUUUGGAGUCUUUACAGUCAUUUAAUCCGGCCAUCAGAGUUAACAACAUCUACAGAUUUUCAUCUUUUCAAAGUUGGCAUAAAACCAAUGUGGGAAGAUGAGGCAAAUCAGAAAGGUGGUAAAUGGAUAGUACGGUUAAGAAAGGGUUUAGUUUCUAGAUGUUGGGAAAAUCUUGUAUUAGCUAUGUUAGGAGAACAAUUUAUGGUUGGAGAAGAGAUAUGUGGAGCUGUUGUAUCUAUAAGGUUUCAGGAAGACAUAAUAUGUGUAUGGAAUAAGACUGCAUCUGAUUAUGCGACAACAGCACGUAUUAGAGAUACAUUAAGGAGGGUCUUACAUCUUCCAGCAAGUGCCUCAAUGGAAUAUAAAACUCAUAAUGAAAGUUUGAAGAAUGUUCAUCGGCUCUAAAAUCUUGUGACGCUAACUCAAAGAUUCAAGAUCUUUGUCAACUUUCAGCUCAUAGAUACUUGUGAAAAGGACAUUUAGGUGGAAAAUAUUUUACAAUUACAAAAUUUAAAUGGCCAUCUUAUUUGAUAACACAUUUGAUUCACAAGUGUCCCAUUGUAACUUAUGUAAAUAAUAAAUACAUGUUGAUAAUAAAAAAAUAAUCUUAUUUACAAAAUGUA